CCCGGAUUCCUCCCCACACACGAAAGAAAGCGAAGAGAAAGAGAUAUUUCCGAAGAUGGCUACCUCUCAGGAUGAUAAGGGUCUAACAUUGACCGUCCUCGGGUCCGGCACAAUGGGCAUAGCCAUAAUGGGCGGCGUCAUGUCCUCCCUCGCCGACGCCAAACUAAAAUCCACCCUCAACUCCUCAGACAGCCCCUCCCCGCCCGCCCUCCGCAACUUCAUCGCCUGCGACGCCUUCCCCAGCGCCGAAGCCAACGUCCGCACCGCCCUCGGCCACUACAACUUCCCCCUCGCAACCCUGACCAACGCCAACCUCCGCGGCGUGCAAGCCGGCGACAUCAUCCUGCUGUCCUGCAAACCGCACGUGUACCAGGACAUCCUCGGCGAAGCCGGCAUGCGCGACGCGCUGCGCGGCAAGCUGCUGAUUAGCAUCCUAGCGGGCGUGAAGCAAGAGCAGAUCGAAGCGUUCCUGUACCCGGACGGCGCGCCGGCAGAUGCGUGCAGAGUGGUGCGCGUGAUGCCGAACACGGCGAGCUUCGUGCGCGAGAGCAUGAGCGUGAUCCAGAAGACGGCGCCGCCGCUCAGCGCCGCGCAGCACGAGCUUGUGACCUUCAUCUUCAACGCGAUCGGCCGCACGGUGACGCUGCCGGCUGCGCAGAUGGAUGUCAGCACCGCGCUGUGCGGCUCGGGUCCCGCGUUCUUCGCGCUCAUGCUGGAAGCGGCGGCGGAUGGUGCUGUGGCCAUGGGCUUGCCGCGCGCGGAGGCCCAGCUGAUGGCUGCGCAGACUAUGAGGGGGACGACGGGAUUGGUGCUCAAUGGCGAGCAUCCGGCGAUACUUAGGGAUAAGGUGAGCACGCCGGGCGGGUGUACGAUUGGGGGGCUGUUGGUGCUGGAGGAAGGGACUGUGAGGGGGGCAGUGGCGAGGGCUAUAAGGGAGGCUACUGUUGUGGCGAGCCAGCUGGGGCAAGGGGCGCAGAACGUCAAUGGGACGCGGAAAUAGACGAUGAGGGGAUUCCGGCGGUGGGGGGUGACGUGAAGGUGGGCACUGGGAGGGAGGGCACAGCUGUCAAGGUCAAGAGAAAAGAUACCAGAAACUAG